GCUCGUGGUCUUGAUGCUGAUGGCUUCCUCUUGUUGGACACAGUGGUGAAAGGAUAUGUUCCUCAGUUACCGAUUUCUACUAACAUCAAAUUAAAGGGUUACACAGAGGAUUAUGUUCAGACCGGUCUUGGGCAACUCUAUGCAUAUUCAACAAGAAUGUUCUAUCUGGAUGAAGUGAGUGUUCCAUACACCUGGAACCACACUGUCAAUUACGACCCCAGCCAUGGAAAAAUGCCUGUCAUGUUGGAGACCUUGCAUGUGUCUUCCAUAGGAGCAGAUUACAACCCACUAGAAGAAACUCUAAGCUUUCAAAUGCACGCUUUCAUCACCAAAGGUGACAUUGAUGACCAGUGUCCUUCUGGAUUUAGUUAUGAUAUCUCUGGACUUUAUUGUGCAGAUGACGAUGAAUGUGCCAUUAACAGCCCAUGCUCACAAUCUUGCCAUAAUAUUAUGGGGAGUUACUACUGUUCAUGCCCUAAAGGCUUCAUGACUUCACCAGAUGGAAGGACGUGUCUUGAUAUUGAUGAAUGUACCCUGGAAGAGUCUGUGUGCCGCAAAUCUCAAGAGUGUAAAAACACCAUUGGUUCUUAUAUUUGUGUACUGAAGUGUGGAACUGGAUUCACAGCUGCUUCUAAUGGCCUGGACUGCCAAGACAUUAAUGAAUGCCAAGAGUCAAAUCCUUGUCAUCAACGCUGCUUCAAUACCAUUGGAAGCUAUCGCUGUGGAUGUGAUCCAGGUUAUCAUUUGAAAGGCAGA